GCCUGAUGUUCGGCAGGUACUCAGUACAGUCAUCGUUGAGGCUUGGAGGAGAGGUUCAUUAGUGCUUUCUUGUCAAACUCACGGGAAUUUGCGACUUCUGAGAUUGGCAUUCUUUACUUGGUUUGUCAAUUCUUGGGUUGAUUGAGUCUGGCGUUGUCCCCGUAGUCUAUACCGAUUGUGAAGCUAAUUGUCCUAAUGUACAGAUUAGGAUACUCUCUGGACUGGGACACCGGGGAAUUACACUGAUCCUAAAGUACCAGCAGCGUUAGCAGAUGUUAGGAAGCUUGUGGAUGAUGGUGAAUAUGCUGAUGCUACUUCAGCAGCAGUCAAUUUGCUAGGAAAUCUUUCUGAAGUACUCUCUAUCUACUUUAAUGAUGAUCUUUAUUUUCAUGUUGCUCCAAUGUUGUGCUUGUACCACCAUUAAUUUUCCUGAUUUAUGGUGUCUGUGAGCUUAGUUAGGUAUUUGUGAUGUCACGUGAUAGGAUACACUUCUAUCAGAAUUUAGACUUAGCAAGUUCACGUAUUCAUGAAUUUAUCUUACCUAAGUUACUCUCAUAGUUGUUUUUCCAUGAAUUAAGAGUGCGAUCAACAUCACUGGUUGAUUGUGGCCCCUUGACAUGAUUUUGCAAGAAAAACGCAUAAUGAUGAGUCUCCUCUGUUGUAUUAUUGAUCAAAGUUGAAUUUCAUCCCUUUAUACUCAACCAAACUAUGCAUGCUGCAAUCAGCAUUGAGUUAAGACAAUGUGGCCCUUCCAUGGCCUGUGGAUCAAAAGGAAAUGUAGCUGCAGCUACAUAUCAGGUUCUGAAAUAUGUUACCGAUUGCAUAUUAGCGAGUUCUUUAUACUGAUCUUCUGGCAUUUGUCUCUGUCUGCAGGCUAAUUGUUAUACCUUUACUUUUUUUUCUCCAUACAAGAUCAUAUUAAUGUUUUUUACUCAUUACAUAUUUUCAACGAUCCCCCUCUAACCUUUUCAAUGUUGAUGUAGGCUUACCAACUUCUUGGGGACCUCAAGCUUGAUUUUGAUGAUCUCCAUCUUACAUACGCUGAACAAACAUAUAGCAGGGAACUAGAUUUGGAUACUGCUACUGUGAGAGUUGGAUAUUCUGUAGGUGACGUAGGAUUCUUCAGGGAGUAUUUUUCAUCUUAUCCUGACCAAGUUAUUGUGAUGAAAAUAUCUGCAAGCAAAUCAGGAUUUGUUUCAUUUACAGUGUCUCUAGAUAGCCAGUUACACCAUCAUUCAUACGUCAAAGGAAGUAACCAAAUUUUUAUGGAGGGUUCUUGUCCUGGUAAAAGAAUUCCACCAGAAGUAAAUGAUAAUGAUCCCAAGGGAAUUCAGUUUUGCGGCAUUCUUGAUCUAAAGAUUAGUGAAGAGAAUGGCAUGAUAAGUAUCUUGGAUGACAAAAAAUUGAAAGUUGAGGGCUCAGACUGGGCUAUUCUGCGCCUAGUGGCUUCUUCUUCGUUUGAUGGACCUCUAACAGACCCUUCAGAUUCUAAAAAGGAUCCCACUGCAGAUGCAGUUCAUGCGCUAAAAUCAAUACGAAAUCUUUCAUACUCGGAGCUCUAUGCACGCCAUUUGAGUGACUACCAGAACCUUUUCCAACGUGUUUCACUUAAGUUAAGGAAAAGUUCCAGCUCUCCUAAUGCCAUGGGAUAUGCGUCUCUUGCGACCGGUGAACCUUCUUCAAUUACUGAUCUAUGUAAUAAGGGGAAUGAGAGUGGUAAAAUAUCUACUGCUGAUAGGAUUAGGUCUUUUGCAAUUGAUGAAGAUCCUUUUCUGGUGGAGUUGUUAUUCCAAUUUGGUCGUUAUUUACUUAUAUCUUGCUCAAGGCCUGGAACCCAGGUGGCAAAUCUACAAGGAAUUUGGAACAAGGAUAUUGCACCAAAAUGGGAUUCCGCUCCUCACAUGAACAUCAAUCUCGAAAUGAACUAUUGGCCUUGCCUUCCCUGCAAUCUUGCUGAGUGCCAGGAGGCUUUGUUUGAUUUUCUUUCCUCUUUAUCAGUGAAUGGGUGUAAAACUGCAGAAAGAAUGCUACAGGUUAACUAUGGGGCAAGAGGUUGGGUUGUACACCAUAAAACUGACAUAUGGGCAAAGUCAUCGCCAGUUUCAGGUGAAGUUGUGUGGGCAAUGUGGGCAAUGGGUGGCGCAUGGCUUUGCACGCAUCUCUGGGAGCACUAUAAAUAUACAAUGGACAAGGAGUUUCUCAGGAACAAGGCUUAUCCUUUGUUGGAAGGAUGUGCACAGUUCCUGUUGGACUGGUUGAUUGAAGGCCCUGAUGGAUACCUUGAAACCAACCCAUCAACAUCUCCAGAGCAUCGCUUUAUUGCUCCUGAUGGUAAGCCUGCUAGUGUGAGCUACUCAACAACAAUGGACAUGGCAAUCAUAAAGGAAGUGUUCUCUGGAGUUGCUGCUGCUGCUGAGGUUCUAGGGUAUACUAAUAGUGAUCUUGUCAAUAAAGUGCGGAAGGCUCAGACGAGGCUUCGUCCAAUUAAAAGAGCCAUGGAUGGUUCUAUCAUGGAAUGGGCAUUAGAUUUCAAGGAUCCGGAAGUGCAUCAUCGUCAUCUUUCUCACCUUUUUGGCCUGUUUCCGGGACACACAAUAACUUUGGAACUCACUCCUGAUCUCUGUACUGCUGCAGAGAAAUCCCUCUACAAAAGAGGAGAGGAUGGUCCAGGAUGGUCUACAACAUGGAAAACCGCUCUCUGGGCACGACUCCAUAGCAGCGAGCAUGCGUAUCGGAUGGUCAAGCAUUUGAUUACCUUGGUGGAUCCACAUCAUGAGGUGUCCUUCCAUGGAGGAUUAUACAGUAACUUAUUUGCUGCACAUCCUCCUUUCCAGAUUGAUGCUAACUUUGGUUUUAUAGCAGCGGUUGCGGAAAUGCUCGUGCAGAGCACUGCUAAGGAUUUGUACUUGCUUCCUGCUCUUCCCUGGGACAAAUGGGGGAAUGGUUCGGUGAAGGGACUGAAAGCGCGCGGAGGGGUCACGGUCAACAUCCGCUGGAGUGAGGGAGACCUCAAUGAAGUUGAUGUUUGGUCAAAGGACCGGAUCUCUCUUCACAAGUUGCACUAUAAGGGAACUUCAGUGACAGUAGAUAUUGCAUCUCAUAGAGUCUACACAUUCAAUGGACAGUUGAGACUCAUGAAGACAUGCUCCGUUUAGGACGCUUUACGUGUCAUGUCUUCCCAACAUAAGAAAAAAUUAGAAAGGAGGAUGUUAGGAACCUAUGAAAGUUUGGGACCAUCCUUUCUUUUUGCGCAACUUUUAUUUAGCUGUUGUUGCUUUUGAGUUCUCUCAACCUUACAUGGUAAUGUGACCUGACUACCAAGUAAUUUUCAGAUUUACUCUACUCA